AUGAGUUGUGAUUUAAAUGUCAAAAAUUUAUGUGAAAAUAAUGAGAGUUGUAUUAAAGAUGAAAAAGAAAAUAAUAAAGAAGAAAAAGAAGAAGAAGAAGAAGAAGAAUUGAAAAUUUUUACUUAUCAUUUUAAAAAUUGUCUUUCAGAUGUAACAGAUUCAGUAAUUUCUUGUUUAAUAAUUGGACCGCUAGUAAUUGGCCACUGGAGAGGAGUUUGGAAUUUAAUGGAUUUAUAUGAAAUGCCGUUUUCUGGUUUGGUUUGUUUUAUAAUCGGCACGGGUUUGCAUCUUAUAUUUGUAUUAUCUAGAGAAUUAUUGCAUUAUUAUUUUGCGGUAAUAUGGCGAAACUCAAAUCCAAUUGGACGCGCGGGGUAUCACUUUGUGAGACUGUGGUAUACAUACAUAUUCAGCGUGACAUGUAACAUGCAGUGGCGAGGGGGAUGGAUUGUCUUGAGUUCAAUGAUGGGUGAAAAUGAAUGGACUGUUUCAGUAGUGACAAUUAGUCUGCUGAGUGUCCUGUUAAUCCUGAGAUGCAGCAGAAAUUUAUUGGCGCCACCUUUAAUCGUAGUCGCGGAUAUACCAACCAGUAUUUUUACAUUCCCAACGAGAUAUCGCAAGAAAAAAAAUUGGGAAAUGAAUAUUGAUCAAGACUGGAGAAUGGUAGAACUACGAACAACCGGAGUAACAUCAUCAGUGACCCGGGACCGUCCUGCCACCCGGUACAAUGUCCAUUACACAGUUCUAACAAUUCUAGACGCCAUUUUUUCGGCAUUUGUCGCCGCGCCAGCGGUGGUAGGUUACUGGCGAGGAACCUGGAGCUUAAGUGAUUUUUAUAUUUACCCUGAGGACCCGUUCUGGAGCAACGCAACCUCGAUAAUAGUCGGCUACGGCGGGCUAUUUUUCUUCAACGUAAUUCAGCAUUUUCUGAAUGAUUUUCUGCACCCGGACAAGCAUCGUCUUCUUUACUACUUCGGGUCUCGGAUCUACACGGCGAUCUUCGGGUUCUGCUGUGUCAAUGCUUGGCGAGGAGGCUGGCAUGUUUUGCAUCUGUACACUGAACAGAAUCCUAAUACUAAUACCAGAGAUUGGACUCUGUAUGUCUUGGAUUGCCUGUUCAGCGUUGGAAUUGUUGGGACACUUGUUGUCUUUGUUUGGAGAGGAAUUUGGGUUCUUUUAGACUUACAUUUAUUCCCGGAUAAUCGGGAAUAUUCAUCCAUUUGUUCACUGAUAAUUGGGUACGUGAUAGUAGCAAUAACAUUUUGUCUACAACCUGUGAUGCGCUAUGCCUGCAGUCGAAUCCAAGGACUCCCUCGACUUUUAGCCGCUGAUGCAUUUCUCCUGCUGAGCUUCAUUGGGACAGUCAAUGUCUGGAGAGGAGUCUGGAGCAUGCUGGAUCUGUGGUUCAUUCCAGAGGACCCGGAACUCUCCUGCUGGAUAACUCACGUGGGAUGUUUCGUUUUUCUUGGACUGCUAAAUUGCAGUAACUCCAUUUUGGUACGUGGAGUUUAUAUUGAUGCUGAGGAAGAAGAAGGACGAUGUGUCAUCUUUCCAUGUCAUUAUCUGAGAUUAUUCUUUAAGAUUGAAAGAGAAAAAAAAGAAGCAAGACGUCGUAAUUUAAUGAGCAUACCCCGUGAUUACACCGAGAACAACGGCAAAGAUUUAGAAAGUGGAGCGCUUCUAAACUGUACAACUUUGCCAACAGUGAUACCUUCGUCCCAAGAUCAUCAGGGGUAA